CUUCGUCAUAGUAGUGCAAAGCAAAAUGCCAAGCCCCCAAGCCCCCGCCCCAAGCCAGCCCCUGUCCAUCCGGCUGCUGUACGGGUCUGCUUUAGGUGUCCAGUCGCUGGACUGUUUUGCCUUCUACACAGUCUCGCCACUUCUUUUCCCAGUUCAAUCUGAUUUCGCCCACCCGGCAACCCGGUUCUUCCUCCGUCAGAACGCAACCCUGCUCCUCCCGUUUAUUUUGAACUGCUGGUUUCUACGGGACUACCACAUUCGACAUACCAGGGUAGGACGGGUCGUUGGCAAGACGUUUGCGUUGUUUCAUGCUUCCGCACUAGCUAUGUAUUCCUGGAGUCGGUGGGUGGGAGGGGAGUAUGCGGUUGAGCCGUUUUGGUUGAUUGCGGGUCUACAUGGGGGGUGGGCGUUGUGGGCUAUUUGGGGACUUGUUUCUGCUUAGACCUAUUGAUGCACUCUGUAUAUUAUAAUAAUCAACUCCUCUCAUAACUUCUUUGCUCGUUCCCUACCCAAUUCAGCCAAGGCCAAAGACAUAGAGUUAUUAACAGGACUAAGG